ACGUAGCUAGAGAAAUCUUUUAGGGAGGGGACUCAAGAACAAAAACAAUGACACGGCUCGGACGGAUUUCCAAAACAGGUUCACUUUUUAAAGACUUAUAAACCGAGGUCGGAAUGAAUCCCCUCCCCGUUUGUUAGUGUCCGCUGUUCCCCGAGCUCUUUGACAUCAACCGACUGUAGUUUUGUUGAUGUUUUAUUUUAAACUGUAUGUCGCUGGCUGCUCAUUUUUGGCUACUACUGUGGCGGAUCGCUUUCACAGUAACGACGGCGUCGAUUUAGACAAAGCUUCAACAAGUUGAACCGUCCGCUUUUAGAAAAGCAUCUCUGGGUCGGACGCCACAUUAAUAUUUGUUGUGUUAGCCGGUGAGCUAUUUUUAUGAAGGGCGACCUGCCAGCUAGCUUGUUGUUGUUAGCAUUAUUUGCACAUUGAUGAUUCACAAGUUCGUUUUCUCGGUUCGCUAACUGCUUUGUGCACACAAUUCUACAUUAUUAUUUUUGUCGGAUUUAACGUAAUGUGUAUGUUUUUUGUAUUUGGUAAUAAGUUAUAAGUACAUAUAGAUGUAUUCUUUGUUGUCUCACUGUUAGAUAAUUGUGUCACUUGCUGAAUGUCGACAUAAGAACUAGUUUUAUAUGCUUGAAACGCACACAAAGCGUGUGUAUUGUUUACAAAUCAACCAGCAACCUUGUUAGAAUGCAGCUAAUUUAAGUUAAUUCAGUUUUUUUAGUGUAUCCAUUAAGCCAGUAUUAUCACAGGUUGGACAUUUCAAGUGCUGUUGGAAAUCGCAGGUGCUACAGUUCAAGCUUUCCAAUAGGCAAUCAGCUUUAUAUUUUAAGGCUACAGAAACGAUGAGUGGGCAUGGCUCAUCAUCUUCAGAAAAGGGAGUCAAUACAAGUCUAAUAUGUCAAGAGAGUUAUGCCUGCGGUGGCUCGGAGGAAGCCGCCUUCGAGUGUGAAGAGUGCAGGACUUUGCAGUGUGUUCGUUGUGAUCUUGAACUUCACAGUCAGGACCGCCUCCAGAACCACCAGCGUCUUCAGAUAAGCCCUGGCCACAUCCCGUACUGUGAUAACUGCAAAGGUGGGGACAAUAGCAAAUGUCACAGGUCGGUGGUCCGUUGCCAGAACUGCAAAUUGAACUUGUGCCAAGAGUGUCAAAAGCGCACCCACAGCGGAGGGAACAAGAAGAAACACCAUCUCCUAUUGUAUCUUCAGCCACCGAAACAAGUGGAGCUCAAGUCUGUCCGAGCUUCUGUUCAGCCUGCCGUCCAAAUCGCUGAUGAUAAAAAGUCACAGAGGGCAAAACUGCUGGAAAAUGUGGCGAGUUUCCUCCUUGUUGAUGAAAAUGAGGAAAUGCAGAUAAAAGAUGAUGCUGCCUUUGUAAAGAAACUCAACUGCAGUGCCGGUCAGCUCCUGAAAGUGGUGUCCAUCUUCGGUAACACCGGAGAGGGCAAAUCUCACACCCUCAAUCACACCUUCUUCCUGGGCAGGGAAGUUUUCAAGACUUCUCCCACACAGGAGUCCUGCACGGUUGGCGUGUGGGCAGCCUUCGACCCCUACCAUAAUGUGGUGGUCAUCGAUACGGAGGGGUUGCUGGGGAACAGUUCCAAACAGGGCCAGAGAACUCGACUCUUGCUCAAGGUGCUCGCCAUCUCAGACCUCAUCAUCUACCGCACGCAUGCAGACCGACUCCACGACGACCUCUUCAAAUUUCUCGGCGACGCCUCAGAGGCCUACUUGAAGCAUUUCACUAAGGAACUGAAAGCCACUACGGCUCGCUGCGGUCUGGAUGUUCCUCUCUCCACUUUGGGUCCCGCUGUGGUCAUCUUCCAUGAAACUGUCCACACUAAGCUUCUCGGGACAGAUAAGUCACAGGAAUCAGUCGACCGGCUGCUGUUGGAGCGUUUUAAAAAGGUUUCCCGUUUCCCAGAGGCCUUCAGUUCCGUUCAGUACUGGGGCACGCAGACUCUCACCCCGCCCACCGACUUUUGCGGCCUGCAGAAUAAACUAGAACAGCUCUUGGACAACAACGCCACGCGUUCUCCACGUACUCCUGUGGUCAUCUUUAAAGCCCUGCUAGCGCUAAGUGAGCGCUUUAGUGGGGAAAUUGGAGAUGAGCUGGUAGUCAUCAGUUGCUUCUUUCCCGAUGAGUACUUCACUUGUUCAAGCUUGUGCCUCAGUUGCGGAUCUGGUUGCAAGAACAGUAUGAACCACCUCGGAGAAGGAGUCUGCCACGAAGCAAAGCAUCGUUGCCGCUAUUCUCUGCAGCAUGAUAAUCGCAUUUACACCUGUAAGGCUUGCUAUGAAGGAGGCAAAGAAGUGAUUGUCAUCCCGAAAACCUCAGCUUCCUCAGACUCUCCUUGGAUGGGCCUGGCCAAAUAUGCCUGGUCUGGGUAUGUUAUUGAAUGCCCCAACUGCGGCGUGAUCUAUCGCAGCCGUCAGUAUUGGUACGGGAACCAGGACCCAGUGGAUACUAUAGUCCGCACUGAGAUCCAACAUGUAUGGCCGGGGUCGGAAGGCUUCUUAAAGGACAAUAGCAAUGCAGCACAGCGUCUUUUAGAUGGAGUGAACUUGGUGGCCCAGUCUGUGUCGGAGCUCAGCGUCAAGCCUGCCAAGGCUGUCACCUCCUGGCUGACGGACCAGAUUGCCCCCACCUACUGGAAACCCAACUCCCUUAUCUUGCUGUGUCAUAAAUGUCAAGCAGUUUUCUUGGAGAACGACACCAAGCAUCACUGCCGUGCCUGCGGCGAAGGCUUCUGUGACGGCUGUUCUUCCAAAGCCGCCCCGGUCCCCGAACGUGGCUGGGGUCUCGGCCCUGUCAGGGUGUGUGAUGUGUGUUUUGAGCAGAGAGCCUCACAUGCAGCGCUCGAGGAGGAGGAGGAAGGUGGAACCCUUGCCAGGAAGGUCGGCGAGGCCGUGACCAACACCAUAGGGGUUGUAGUCACCGCUAUUGACAUCCCACUCGGCCUGGUGAAAGACGCAGCCCGGCCUGCUUACUGGGUGCCCGACCAGGACAUUCUCUCUUGCCACAUCUGCCGCCGCGAAUUCACUGCCAAGCUGUCCAAGCACCACUGCCGCGCCUGUGGCCAAGGAGUGUGCGACGACUGCUCCCCGGAGCGUCGGGCUGUGCCGUCGCGUGGCUGGGACCACCCUGUGCGCGUGUGCACCAGCUGCAACCAAAAAGCCGGAGAACUUUAACCGAGGCAAUCUUCCUUUGCUCAGAAUACUCUGACGGAACCGCUCGCCGCCCUGUCAUACCUCUGCUUCUCCAGCGGUUCGGUCUCGUACCUGUGGAGAGGAAGUGCUUAGCUAUACUGUACAAAGGACACUUAGCAAAUUUGCGAAAGGGGGAGCGAUCACGUGGCCUUUGUAGAGCAGCAAGAAUCUGCGAGUUACUUGACUGAGAGUGUAAACUGCAUUUCCACUCUUGAUUAUUCAUAGUGUAUAUUGUUGAAACAUGUCCGCAAUUGUAUGUCAAAUAAGGCUGAUGAGCUAUUUUUUUACUAUGAGAAAAUAUUCAAAAAAUGUAUUGUUUUAAGUAUACUUGCUAGUUGAGCAUUAGAUUCCAGCCAUUCUUAUAUUAAGGAGCAUUGUUUCUUUAGUGUAUUUGAAAUGGAUAGUUGUUUUUUUUUUUAAUAUAUGCGUGCAGGUUACAUUGCAUGUUCUGUUGCAACUUUUUAGUUUUUGCACUAAGCUUUUUUUUUUCAGCUGUUAUAGGCUGUUUCUUACCUUGCCCGCCCUCCACAACUCCCAUAGAAAGAAAAAAAAAAAAGUCCAAAAUUUUGGAUAUAUAUGCCGUGCCAAAUCAUUCAGGUCACUAUGUGCUGGUAUGAUAUUCAUAUUUUAACCGAGCCAGUUGUGGAUGUAUGAUAGAACUGCUAGCAGCUUGAAAAAGUUUUUGAAAAAUGAUUUAAAAAAAAAAAAAAAAUCACAGAUAUGCAUGAUUGAGUGAGAGCCUUAAGGCCUUUAACACUUUUUUUCAUGGUUCUCUGAAUAACUCUUAUCAGACCGUGUACUUUUUAAAAUCUUUGUUAAUUUCACGUUCUUAUUUUGAUUUUGUAAAUUGCAAUUGGUCAUGGCUGCUUUUCUUGUUCCUCUUCACCCCUUCUAAUAAGGUCUUGGGUAUUUUGUUCUCUCGCCCUGCCAGUACCCUUCUAAUCGGUAAUUGAGAUGUUUUUUUCUGUUGGUUUUAACUUUCAUUUGAAAUACAGGGGUGUUUUCCAAAAUUUCCAGGUUCGCUGUGAAUCAGUAACAGGCACACUUUUGCUCAGUAGACAAUGUUUAUUGAUUAGAAAAUGCAGAAUA